AUGUCUUUGGGUGGAGAUGAUCAUUCCAUCUGCCAGUGGUCUGUGGUCAAGCCCCGUGCUGUGGAAAUCGGGGAGCCCUCUUUGCUUCCGCAUCCGUGGACCAAGCUGGAGGGUUCCGAUGCGCCUCGGGACCGCUUCGCCUUCCUCGGGCAAGAGGCUUUGGAAGGACUCUCCAGGCGCGAAGGCGACACCUCCCAAGCCGAUCUUGCGAGCCAAGCACGUCGACCCGGUUCAGCGCCGCCACGCAGGCCAGCGACGCCGCAAUCGCAGACUCAAGGCUACUACCGCAACCAGAGCCGCGGGGUGAGCGCAGCUUUGCAGUGUGACGAAGCGACGAAUCCUGCAGGUCUGCCGGCAAGAUGUGAGGAUCUGCCUUCGCUGCUUUGGAUGGCACCGAUCCUGAAUGCCGGGGGCUUCUCCAGCGAGGCGCUGUCGUACGCGAUUGCCCUGCACAAGGUAUAUUCCCAGAAGAAAGGAGGAAGGUUUGGCUUGCGGCAGUUUGCAGAGCAGGCAAGUAGCUCUUUUGUCAACGGCCUACCUUCAGGUUUACGAGAGCAGUUGCAGCAGAUGCUGCAGACAGGGCGCCGGACCGACCGUCGCUGGGACGUGGUGGUUUGCCAUGCGACGCCAGACGUUUGGCACAGAGAUGGGGCCUUUGGCUGGGGCAAGGUCGAGCCUUGCCCCCCCGCCCCCGCGGCACGAAAAAGCAUCGGACGAGCGAUGUACGAGUCGGAUCGUCUUCCGGAAUCCUGGGUGGCGCGUAUCAAUGUCAUGGACCAGGUGUGGGUGCCAUCGCAGUUCGCCGUGGAGCAGUUCGCAAAAAGUGGUGUCCACCGUGAAAAGAUAGCCGUACUACCAGAGGCAGUGGACGUGGAGCUUUUCAACCCCUCCAUGCACGAAGCUUUGGACUUGGAACUUGGCGGCCUCUUCCGCUUCGUCUCGAUCUUCAAGUGGGAGAAGCGGAAAGGUUGGGACAUCCUGCUGCGCGCCUACUUCCAGGAGUUCUCCGAAGCCGACGACGUGGUGCUGGUGAUCAAGACGCAGCCUUUCCACAGCGGCGAUGAUUUCGAGAAGAAGCUUUGGGAGGAGAUCUCUCGCGCCCAAGACCUGGCAGGGAAGGAGCGACCUGCGCGCUUGAAGCUUCUGGCCCGGGAUCUGCAGCUGAAGGAGCUCCCGCGGCUCUAUAAAGCUGCAGACGCUUUCGUCUUACCCAGCAGGGGAGAGGGCUGGGGAAGGCCCCACGUGGAGGCAAUGAGCAUGGGCUUGCCGGUGAUCGCCACGAACUGGAGUGGGUCGACAGAGUUCCUCUGGGAGAAUGUUUCCCUCCCUCUGCAGAUCGAUGGGCUCGAGCCCGUCGAGAAUGGACUCGAGGGUCACCAGUGGGCCAAGCCCUCUGAGGUCCACCUUCGAGAGCUGAUGCGCUGGGUUGCAGAGCACAGGGCGGAGGCGAAGAAGCUGGGCGAGGCAGCUCGCAGGUUCAUGGUGGAGCGCUUCAGCCCGAAUGCCGUCGUUGAGAAGCAUCUCCUGCCUUUGCUGCGACAGAGAACUUCAGGAGCUCGUGCCCAGCGAGAUGCAUCUCCCGAACUCUAG